AUGCAGCGCACACACAGCAUACAUCACAGCAACAAGCCCACCCGCACAUACCCCCGAGUCCAGGAAUCAAUCUCCACCGCCAACGCACAUCAUCGAAUUACAACUGCCAUGAUAUACACGAUGCACCCUCAAGAGCCGGGCUACCGGGAAUGUGCAUCCCGAGUCCGCACUACCCUGCAGGUCUCGACGGUGGAUAUUCUGCCGGGUUAUCGAGAUUCUGGGCAGGAGGGGUGUGGGCUGGGAGGUGGGGAUGAGUUAUGGUAG